UAGGCCCCAAGAUGGCGGUGGUGGCGGCGGCCGAGCGGCUCCUGUCGGAGGGGGAAGGAGGCGCCAUGGACUCGGCGCGGCUCUCGCCGCCGCCUCUGCCCCAGCCCCGCGGCGGCGGCGGGGAAGCGCAGCCCCUCGAGCAGCUCCCGCAGAGCAACACGCUGGUGGGGCUGCCCAUCGUGGCCAUCGAGGGCAUCCUCGGCUUCCUGUCUUACGACGAGACCAGCCAGCUCCGCCUGGUUUGUAAGCGAAUGGACUUGGUCUGCCAGAGAAUGCUGAAUCAGGGAUUUCUGAAAGUGGAAAGAUACCACAACUUGUGCCAGAAACAGGUUAAAGCACAGCUCCCAAGACGGGAAUCGGAACGGAGAAAUCACUCGCUAGCUCGCCAUGCAGAUAUUCUUGCUGCUGUAGAAACAAGGCUGUCCCUGCUAAAUAUGACCUUCAUGAAGUAUGUGGAUUCUAACCUCUGCUGCUUUAUACCUGGGAAGGUGAUUGAUGAAAUUUAUCGUGUGUUAAGGUAUGUAAACUCUACCAAAGCUCCUCAGAGAGCCCACGAAGUCCUUCAGGAGUUAAGGGACAUUUCAUCGAUGGCAAUGGAAUAUUUUGAUGAGAAGAUUGUUCCAAUUCUAAAAAGAAAAUUGCCUGGAUCAGAUGUAUCGGGACGGCUUAUAGCGGCAGCUCCAGUUCCAGGUCCUUCUGCAGCCUUAACAACAAUGCAGCUCUUCUCCAAACAAAACCCAUCGAGGCAGGAGGUCACCAAACUCCAGCAGCAAGUUAAAACCAAUGGUGCAGGUGUGACUGUGCUAAGGCGUGAAAUUUCGGAGCUUCGCACCAAAGUGCAAGAGCAACAGAAGCAACUGCAAGAUCAAGAUCAGAAACUGCUUGAGCAAACCCAGAUCAUAGGUGAGCAGAAUGCCCGAUUGGCUGAGCUCGAACGUAAACUGCGAGAGGUUAUGGAAAGCGCAGUGGGAAAUUCCUCAGGGUCAGCACCAAACGAGGAGACUCCUAGGAAAAGGAAGAAGGCUGUUGAAUCCAUAGGUGCGCUUAGGAAGUCUAAACGCCUUCGAAAUAAUAAAUAACUAUGGAAUAAAUGACACCUCCAGGAGGAUGUACUGCUUUAGUAGCCCAAGCAGGUUGUCUGGUCUGGAUACCGCUAUUCAGAGCAUGGUGUCAUUUAGGCUGCUGGUUCUUCAGAACACCAUAGACUUGAACAACUUUCUCUCAUUGCUGAGAUGUUUCUUCCCAAACCUGCCCUGCUUCUGUUUGAGUGGGCCUACGGCACAGAAUCAUUAUAACUUGCCAUAGAUUUGUACUAACCAGACCUGCUCUAUCACGUUCUGAAAAGUUAAUUUUCCUUUUCUGUGCAAAUGACUAUUAAAGUGAAACUUAUAUUUAUGCAUCUGUUCCUGUAAAUGAGUAUACUAAAUAAACCCAGGCUUAAUUGGCUAGAAGAUAAAAAGUGGAUAAACAGCAGAUGUUCUCUUCACUUGAAAGAACCACUUUUUGAAAAUCUUGUGGGGUUUUUUGGGGGGGUGGGGAGGUUGACUUUUUUGUUGCAAGUGACCAGGUUUAGAAUGUCUGAAAAGUAGCUUAUAAAUGUGGGAGUCGACAUAACAAGUAAAUAUGACUUCUGAAGCUUACAGUAUUGGCUAUAUAUAUUUUUGUAAAACUUAACAGGCAGGGGACUUCAGUUUAGAUUUCACAAAUGCAUACCCUCCUCCUAAGCAUUUGGAGCCAUAUUUUUAUCUUUGCAUGGAGAGACGCAUGCAUUGCUUAGUCCGCUUGGUAAAGCAUUUGCCUGGAGUUGCAAUUAAAUCGUUGGCCUCUGUCACCUUUUGUACAGCAAUUUCUUGGUUCCUUAACCAUGACUUUGCAUUUGCUUUCAGCACAGCUGUUUCUUUUCUUGCGAGGUCAUUUUAUCUUACUUUUGUCAAGAGUAUAUAAGCCAGGCUAUUUUGCUGCUUCUGCUUGCCUAUAGAUAGCAGGUACUCUUUUCUCUAAAGGAGAACUUCAAAGGUUGAUUCCUUUAGCCUGUGAGUUUCUGAUUAUACACUACUGAUACUGAUUCAGCGGUUCAAAGACUCUUAAACAUUGGAUAAAAGCGAUUUGUUCUUAGUAUUACACAGGCUUCCUAAGGCAUGGUUCAAAUUCUAAAAAGUUUAUGUUGAGAGAAAGACCUUACUGUUACAUUGAAAUAACUGUCUAAUACUGUGUUCCUUAUCAUAAAGAGUAAAUUGAUUUCAGACAAAAAAAAGCUUUAAUUUCUUUUGCACUCCUUCCAUUUUGAAUUUGUAACUGGAAAUGCAUGUCUUGCACUGUACAGUCUGGAUUUGUCACUUUUAACAGCCUCAAAGUUGUAAUGUACAGUGAAUUUCUCCCCGGUUGUAUUUUUUUUUUAAGCAUCCAACAAAUAAUGUUGUCCAUGGUUUUUAAUUUGCUGUUACCAAACGAUGUAGCUGUUGCUCGACUGUUACAUUUUUCUCUUAAUCUGCUGUUGCUGAAUGGACAUAUUUUCACAAGACUGAAUUUGAAACGAGAAUAGAAAAUUGAAUUCGAGUGGAAGUUCAAAAGGCCACUCGUAACUUAGACAUUUCGCUGAAGUACCUCGGUUUAAAAUGGAAGCUGCUUAUUCAUUUUCAUUUGUCAAGUUAAAGAUAAAACACAAAGCUUUCCUAAAGACUGUUCUGGGCUUUUUCUUAAAUGUUAAUCAAAGUCCAUUAAUUCAUAAUUUGGAGUAGAUCC